CCCACUUCCAAGCUGGGCUGCCAAAGGCUCCCCCCACCCAACUGCCUGUGAUUGGCUGCACACAGACCAUGAUGCCACAAUUGUAGUGAUGUCAGCAUGUGAUGUUGGGAGCCCCAGAAUUCCUCGGCCCAUGCAAGAGGUGGCUGGAAGGUCCUGCAGAAGGGAGAGAACAGAUUGUGCAUGGGAGCUGCCGUCUGCAUAUAGGGUAUAUCCAGCCCUAUGCCUAACCGGAGGCAGCUGCAAAGAGGCACGAUCAAGCUGGCAGAGCUGACAUGGUUGCCUGAGAAAGGAUGGAGACCUACGAGGACCACCUUUGGUGCCCCUACAAUUCCCAGAGCGGGGAGGACGAGGAUGAUGAUGAAGAGCCCUACCAUGACCCCCACCUGGCCAGGGUGCGGGCCCGGAGCACGAGCCGCUCCCGCCACCGCUCCUCCUUCCUGGUGGACGAGCUAGACAUGCUCAUGGACAAGGCAGCCACCACCAUCCAGGCCACGUGGCGAGGCUACCUGGUGCGGAGGCGCGUCCUUCGGGAGCACGCUGCCGCCUCGGUCAUCCAGGCCGCGUGGAGGCACUUCAUCACCCGGGAGUACGCAGCCCUGCAGCGGGAGCAGAUGCCCUCGUGGCAAGGGUAUAGGCAGGAGCAUCGGGUUGAGAGGAGGAGGAGGAGAACGACGACGACGAGGAGGAGGAGGAGGACACCCUCCCUGGCCUCCUUCAACGAGGGGAGCAGGUCCUGGGGGGCCCCGGAGAUGGACAAAGAGCAAGCUACGAUCAUCAUCCAGGCACACUACCGGGGCUACAAGACCCGGCAAGCCCUCGCAGAGUGCAGGCGGGCAGCCACGACUAUCCAGGCGCACUGGAGGGGCUACCGCACCCGGCAGGAGCUGGCGCAGAUGCCGCAACGCCCUGCCCACCGGCCUGGCCCAAGAGGGACCUACUACGGGCAGCCCAGCUACAUGCCCGGGAGCUCCUCUUGGGUGGGCCCCUACCCCAGGAAGCACUGGCGCAAGUGUCUUGUGGGAGACCCCGAGGAGUGGGCGAGCAAGGUCCCUCGGACUCAGUCAUCGCACGCGAGGGAGCACCCGGGGGGAGGCAGGAGAGAGCACCUGCAAUUCCGGGAAAGGGAGCGCCCAGAAACCCGGGAUAGGGAGCGCCCCGAAUUCAGGGAAAGAGAGCAGCCAGGAGCCAGGGAGAGAGAGCGCUCAGAGCCCAAGUCGUGCCCCCGCUGCGGGAGAUGCACCACUGUGCGUGUCCUGGUGGGAGUUGGCAAGGGCCCACCCUCCGAAUCGGACAUGGACGACAGCGAAUGCGAGGGGCACGCCCGGCCUGCGUCCGCCAGAAGGAAGAGCCCGGCUCCCAGGUCGAGAGGGUCACAGUCGCCUGCCAGGCCCGAGCCUUACAGGUCCCACGUGUCCUACCAGAUGGGCCCCAGGGCUUAUUACCCCGGGAACCAGAGCAUGGCGUCUGAAGACCAGCCGCGGAGGCAGGGCCGGGAUCCCGGAGGCCUGAGCCAGCGCUAUUCCACGGGCCACGCGUCUGCCCGUCCCACGCGGGACCGCAACACAGCGCGGAGCCUCUCCUCCACCAGCCUCAGCCAACAGGGAGCGCCCAGCGCUGGGACCUCCGAAUGGCUUUAUGAGAACUACUACACCCGCCGGAUGGGCGAGGGCCAGAAGCGGGUGUUCAAGACGCGGAAGCAGAUGUGGCAGGUGGCGCGGGCAGCGACCCUCAUCCAGGCCUUCUGGAGGGGGUGGAGGGCACGGCAGGUCUUGCGCCAACAGCAGGAAGCUGCCAUCAAGAUCCAGUCCGCCUACCGGGGCUACAGGACCAGGCUGUACCUCAUCGAGGCCGGAGUGCUGAGUGAGGGAGACACUGAGUGACACCUGGCCCUUAAGAAUACCGGGCCCAGUGGGAGCCCGAUCGGGAGGGGCGGGCAGGCUGGUGGUCGUCACUGGAUGGCUGUUACCACUGCAGCCUUCUCCUUCCUAGUACAAGCAAACGAGCUUACAUCCCAAUAAAUAAAUCCUAAUUACAAA